CCUCUCCUCGGGUCGGGAGAAGCCCUAGCUUUUCCUCCCCCUUUCCUCCUUCUCCUUCAUUCACAUCUCUCUCUCUCGAUCUGUAUAUCUAUCUAUCAACAUAUAUAUAUAUAUAGUUUUGAGUCAGAUCAGAUCUAUAUUAAAGUGUAGAUCUGGUAUUUCUUGGUAGAGUUUGCCGAAAAUGUCAGGUGCUGCUUCCUUGGACAUGACCCUGGACGACCUCAUCAAGAACAACAAGAAAUCCGGAGGAGGAGGUGGUGGUGGUGGUGGUAACUUCAGAGGCAGAGGUCGCUCCUCCUCCGGUCCUGGCCCUGCUCGUCGCUUCCCCAACCGUGGUGCCAAUCGACCUACUCCCUACGCCACCGCCCCCAAGGUGGUUCAAGCACCGGAUUCGAGCUGGAAGCAUGACAUGUUUGGUGCGGAUCAGGGAGGGAUGGCCUAUCCAGGUCAAGCAGCUGGUGGUGGUAGAGCCUCUUCCAUAGAAACCGGAACCAAGCUUUACAUAUCCAACUUGGAUUAUGGCGUCUCCAACGAGGACAUCAAGGUAACUGUUUCAUUUUUAUCAUCUUUCUACUUUUUUUUUUAGUUUGUUUUUUGUUUU